AUGUCCUUGGUUCGACACCAAAAGUACGAGUGCACCUACGUCCUGGAAAAGCUUGCCUUCCCUUGCCCCAUCUGCGGCAAGGACUUCACUCGCAAUUACCUCUUGGAGCGGCACCUCUCCUACAUGCACUGCGUCACUAAGUCCGAUGUACUGAAGAAGGGUGUUCAGUUGACACGGAUUCCUCGUUUUCCAGCGUCCUCGGAUACGGGGGAGCCGGGUUCUUCGGGGAACUGGGGUCGAUCGGCGUCGCGGCCGUUCUGGUGCGAGCUCUGCCACGUCAAGUCUUACGCCCGGAGGGAGUCGCUUUACCGUCACCAGAAGUACGAGUGCACUAACGUGCUCGAGAAACCGGUCUUCCCCUGCUCCGUCUGUGGCAAGGAGUUCACCCGCAAGUGCAACCUCGAGCUCCACGUCUUCCGCCUCCACGCCGCCUCCACCGCCUCCGCCGCCACCCCCGAGGUCACUGACGAGAUCACACUCUAA